AAGUAGCCUGAGUUUGGAUGACUUCCGGACCACACAGAAGAGAGGAGAAUCAUUUGGAAUCAGCAGAAUAGGCAACAAAAUAAAAGGUGUAUUCAAGAGUUCUGCGAUGGAAGGAGCUAUGUUGCCUAACUAUAACUUAAAUGAAGGAGAAGAUGACUUUAUUGAAGAAGGCGUUAUGGUGAUGGAAGAUGAUUCUCCUGAGGAGGCUGUUAGUACCCCAAAUACACCCCGCAACCUUGCUGCAUGGAAAAUUAGCAUCCCAUAUGUAGAUUUUUUUGAUGAUCCAUCCUUGGAAAGAAAAGACAGAAAGGAGAGAAUUCCUGUGUUCUGCAUUGAUGUAGAAAGAAAUGAUAGAAGGGCAGUUGGGCAUGAACCUGAACACUGGUCUGUCUACAGGAGAUAUCUUGAAUUUUAUGUGCUUGAGUCAAAGCUAACAGAAUUUCACGGUACGUUUCCUGAUGCUCAGCUUCCCUCAAAGAGAAUCAUUGGCCCCAAGAACUACGAGUUCUUAAAAUCCAAGAGAGAAGAGUUUCAGGAAUAUCUGCAGAAACUUCUGCAACAUCCAGAACUAAGUAACAGCCAACUUUUAGCUGACUUCCUGUCCCCUAAUGGAGGAGAGACUCAGUUUCUUGAUAAAAUGUUGCCUGAUGUGAAUCUUGGUAAAAUUAUAAAAUCUGUUCCAGGAAAGCUGAUGAAAGAGAAAGGUCAGCAUUUAGAGCCAUUCAUCAUGAAUUUUAUCAACUCCUGUGAAUCUCCCAAGCCUAAACCAAGUAGGCCUGAACUUACCAUUUUGAGUCCCACUUCUGAAAACAACAAGAAGCUUUUCAAUGAUUUAUUCAAGAAUAAUGCAAACCGGUCUGAGAAUACAGAAAGACGACAAAAUCAGAACUACUUCAUGGAAAUGAUGACGGUAGAAGGAGUCUAUGACUACUUAAUGUAUGUUGGUAGAGUAGUUUUCCACAUUCCUGACUGGCUGCAUCAUCUCUUGAUGGGAGGAAGAAUUCUCUUCAAAAAUACAUUGGAACUGUACACAGACUAUUAUUUGCAUUUUAAGUUAGAACAGCUCUUUCAGGAGCACCGGUUGGUUUCUCUGAUAACACUGCUGAGAGAUGCCGUGUUCUGUGAGAAUACCGAACCUCGUUCUCUGCAGGACAAACAGAAGCGAGCAAAGCAGACUUUUGAAGAAAUGAUGAGAUACAUUCCAGAUUUAAUAGGCAAGUGCAUUGGGGAAGAGGCUAAAUACGAAGGCAUCAGGCUUCUGUUCGACGGAAUGCAGCAACCAGUGCUCAACAAACAGUUAACUUACGUUCUGCUGGACAUUGGGAUUCAAGAACUCUUUCCAGAGCUGAGUAAGGGUCCAAAGGAAGCUAGCUCCGUGUCGUGCUGGAUGUGAAUGCAGGAACUUGCUGGACACCCAGUAGAAACAUCUGCUGUGAACUACUGUAAUGGACAUGUGACGUUUUAACCUUGCAUUGUAUAUUUUCUUGUAAAUAACAUAAAAUUUAAGUUCUAAAAAAAUCUCUUUAUGCAAUAAAGACAUUAAAAUUUAAUACCCAUUACAAGUAAA